UUCUAAACCCAGACUGAACCUUCUCAAUAUUCUAUUGAUUCUUCACUUCUUGUGACCCUCGAACACGAUUUCCACCAAGUUUACUACUGGCGGUAAAGGCGAUGACCGAACAAGACAAUUCCUACCGACCACGAUCCCCUGAUUUUUCCACCUUCCAAUCCCCCAUCUCCCCUUCCGUCAACCACUCCGUCUACCCGUUUGGGAAUCCGCUCGCCCAUCGCGCUUCCUACGACGCCUCACCUUUCUUCACCCCGCAGUAUCAACAACAACCCCCGGCCCCGCCAAGCAGGGUUCCCCAGCAAUACAAUCAAUAUAAUCUCUAUCCCUUCGCCGACGCGACACAUCUACACCCGGAUAUGGCUCGCCGUUCGACGCGUAUCGCCCACCAGGCCGCCGAGGUCGCGCCGCAGCCCAUAUCCAAAUACAUCGACCCGGUGGUCUCGGAGGAAGAGGAGCCUGUCCGACCUCCUUCUCCUUCUCCUCCCCCACCUGCUCCUGUUGUUGCUCCCGUGGCGGUCCCCGUCGAGGUCAAGACCAAAUUCCCCGUUGCGCGCAUAAAGCGUAUUAUGCAGGCCGAUGAAGAUGUCGGCAAAGUCGCGCAGGUCACGCCAAUUGCUGUCUCGAAAGCCCUCGAGUUGUUUAUGAUCUCUCUCGUCACCAAAGCCGCCAAGGAAGCCAAGGAUCGCAACUCCAAACGCGUCACUGCCUCGCACCUCAAACAAGCCGUGGCCAAGGACGAGGUACUUGACUUUCUGGCAGAUAUCAUUGCGAAGGUGCCCGACCAACCGCCGAGUCGGAAACACGAAGAUGAUGGCAGUGAUCAGAAUGAACAACCGAAACGAAAGAGAGGUGGCCGUCGACCUAAAGAUGACAGCGAUUGAGUUAUGUUGGGCAACGGUUCUCAGGCGCAUUUUCAUCUGAUGAUUGAUUCUGUAUUCUUUUUUCUUUUUUGUUUUUUUCGCUUUCUAUAUUAGUGGACUAUCUGCUGGGCUCUUCUCUAGACCG